AUGAUCCACUUCCAAGUCGAGCAAGAUGGACUCUCGGAAAUUGUAAUCGGAUCUGGGUCCUUCGGCGUUGUAUAUGCUGCUACCCUGACGGUGUCCCCUUACCUCAGCAGGGAUGUGGUGAUUAAGGAACCCUUUUCGGACAAGGCAACACUGGACUCCAUCGUUAAUGAGGCAAAGAUCACCAUGUACCUCGAGUCCACAGGCUGCGUCCCCAUCUGUUACGGGCUAUUGAAGAACGAGGAGGACGGCUACGGCAUUGUGAUGGAGUAUGUUGGUUCCGGCCAAACCCUCUAUGAUAUCAUGUGCGAGUCAGACAUGCCCAGAUUAAUCUGGCUGAAUAUUGUGUGCCAGCUUUCCAGUGGAGUGAACAAGAUCCACAAGAAAGACGUUCUCAUCAAUGACAUCAAGUCAGACAACAUUCUAGUGGACAUGUCUGGAACACUGCCCGUGGUCAAGUUCUGUGACAUGGGAACAGCCUCAUACAAAUCAGGAGUGCAUUACAAAGGGGCCAUGGAGGGGUGCGUGCAUCUAGCUCCAGAGGCGUGUGCCCAUGCUGAGACAACCCCAGCAUGUGAUGUAUUCAGUUUAGGACGAGUCCUGAAGAAGAUACAUGGAGUCUCCCACAUCUCAGCCUUGUUGUCCGUCUCUGACAUGUGUAUGGCUGAGAAUCCAGCUGACCGCCCCACCCUCUCCACAGUAGUCCAGCGGCUGCAGGACGAGUACACAAAGGAGGUUCUGUUUCCGACCCUAACACUAACAGUGCCGUCACAUAGAUACCUUGAGUCCAGUGAUGAAGAAUCAGAGGAAGAAUCUACCGGACAUGUAGGUGUUAAUACACCUAUCAACGUAGACACAUCGAGUCCAAGCUCCCCUGAAGUCAAUGGUGCUGUGUCAAGUGAUACUGAAUCUCGCAGGGACAACCUGAGAAGCACCAGGAGCGGUGAAGUUUCACCAUCAAAUAACAAGGACCCAGCCAUGAUGCUGAGUGUAAAAGAGACAGAUACUUCAUUAGGUUUUGUAAAUUGGGCUGAAACUAAGGACAGCGUGUCCAUUUCCAAGAAUCACACGUUGUGCAGACAUGACUUUGUAUCCUCCUACGGACAUGCCACAGACGCCAGGAAUAUGGACACAGGCAUUGUAUUCUCUACUGAGACCAAACUCAUCUCGGCUGCGACUUCAAAGCCUACACAAGAUGGAAGUUCAAAUCUGAUAAACAAUGGUGCUGCUAAUCCUUCAGAGCCUGCACAAGAUGGAAGUCCAAGUAUGGAUGCUACCUCAACUGGUCACACAACUGAAAUCUCCACUGCCUUCCAUUCACCAAAUAAAUCGCCAUGCUUCUACACACCAGCUGCACGUACAAUAUCAUUCUGCACAUCUUCAAUUACAUCAUCGUGGACAGCUUCCCACUUCCACACGCCGUCUGCAUCCCUGGAACUGAUCUCUGCUGCCGACUCACCAACGGCUUCCUCUGCCACAGAGACUCCUGACAGUGCAUCUAGUGAACUUCAAACAUCUCCAAGCCAUAGUCUUGAUGCUUCGUCCAAAAUCCUUUUUGAAACUGCCGAAGAUGAUCCAGCUGCUUCUGUGGAUUGUUGGAUUGAUGCUGCUCCUAAUGAGGAAGAUGUCGUUCCUCUUGCUGCUGAAGGGACGAGAGCCCAUCUAUUUCGGACCUGGACGCUUCCCACUUGGCGGCGUACCACGUUCUGUGCCAGAAGCAGCUUGAUGUGUACAACAAGCACUGUGAGGACACACCAGUGUACGAGGAUUAUCUGCCCCUGGUCCUUCCACUGUUCAUCCUUCCCCUUGGGCUGCUGGGAUUUAUCUAGACUUUUGAGCAUUUGUUUUUGA